AUGAUCGCCAUCCGACCCCCACCCACCACUCUUCAACAAUACGCACCACUCGACCUCCUCCCAGCCGAGCUCCUCCUCGAAAUCAUCCCCUACACCUACACCCCCCACGCCCUCCACUGCCUCUGCCUGACCUGCACCCGCCUCAACAUCCUCGUCAAAGAACACGAAAAGAGCCUCGUCCUCUCCAUCAAGCAAUGUCAAGACUACACCUCCAUCCUCCGGCUCUUCCCCUCCCUCGACACAACCACCUUCUCCGGCCUCACAGUCCUCCACAAACGUCUCUCCAGCCUGGAAGACCUCCACACCCAAUGGCUACACAUCACCUCCCACGGCCCCGAACUGCACUGGCUCAAAGGCCGGUGGGAGGGGAUCCACAAAGCCGGUCUCCUCCUCCUCCACCGCCUCCAAGACACGGGAUCGUACGCCUACAAAGUCGCGUUGAUCAACGGUCUUCCCCUUACGAGUCUCGCCUGCCUCCUCUUCAAACUCAUCUCCUCCAUCAAAAUUCUACGAAUCUACGGUCCGGAUCCCAUCAACGGCACCCACGCCGCGGGAGACAUCCUAACCCGCAGCGACAUCGAACUCGCCUGCGAGGAAAUGCUCCUCUCCCACGGUCCGGAUUUCUUCACCACCCUGCUCAGAACGGGUAAAUCCUCCCCCUCCUCCAACCCCUGCUGGGCAACAACCGCCCUCACAACCGAAAUCGCCGGCAUGAUCUCCCGCCAACUCCCCUCCCCCUCCGGCCUGCCCAAACCCCCCACUCUAACCUCCUGUCUACGCCGCGCCUUUGCCGCCCGCAAAGGCUGCCACAUUUCUCAAAACGUCAAUAAAAUGUGGGAAAUCCUAUCCUCGACCGCUUUCGACGACAUGGAUGAGGGCAAGAUGGUGAAAGUCGUGCAUGGGGAGGAAGUGACGGGGGGGAUGAAGAGGAUCUUUUGA